AUGGCGUUGCUGUUCCUGCACCGUGCCAUGUGGCUGCUGGCCCUGCUCGCCUUGGACACCAGCUUCGGGGCAGCGGCCCAAUACGUCCAGAACUUUGUCCCACUGCGCAUAAGAGAUCCGACGACAACACAUACUACGAUGGCUACCAGUACAACCCAAUGCAGCCGACCGGUGGAGGACAGCCAGACGCCCUAUCGGCCCGUCAUUGACACUCAGAAGGAGAGAAUCACGCUCUACUACAACUGCCACUACAUGACCAACAUCUGCCAGAACGUCAACAACUUCAUGGCCACGGCGCGGGGGCAGGCCCUGCAUCCCGGAACGACGAUCGAGCCGGGCACGUACACGUACGACUUUGACAGCGCCGACGUGCCGUCGGGGGAUGCCAAGUCGCGCAAGUUCUACCGCCGCGAGGCGUCGUGCCCGAACGGGUGGAAGAACUCGUACGCCUGCCCCGAGGCCGGCCAGCAGACGCUGUGGCGGCACGACGGGCCGUGGUGGACGACGGCGCUGGAGCCGGGCACCAACGAGAACAUGGGCGGCAACGGCUGGAACGGCAACUCGCCGGCCAACACCUUUUGCGCCGGCCUCUCGUGCAUCGAUCCCAACUCCAACACCGGGGGCGUCCCCGUCAAGGCCGAGCAGAAAUGGCAGGGCCUGUCGCACGGGGAGGUGCGCCGGGAGCUGCUGGGCCUCAUCUCGCGCCGCAACGCCGAGUUCCCGUGGCACAACCCGACCCAGCCGCAGCAAAACGUGGCCUUUUUCGGCUUUGCCGCCUUCAACAUCGGCCCGACGGGCUCGGCGGCCACCAUCUUCACGUGGGAUGACGACCUAGGUGUCGAUAGGGAUUUCAACGAAGUGCCCCAGGCCAAGAGGGAGGAAGCACUAGCCAACAACCCGGACGAACCGGCACGCACGCCCCGGUUGCGGCCCGGACGCAGCACGCUCACCCCGGAGCAGAAGUACCAGCGCAUGAUGGCUAGCAACGCCCGCCGCAUCGACAUCCCCGCGCACGUAAAUGAGAUGCGGGCUGCCGGGUUUUCCGCCGACCUCAGCAGCCGCGUGACGGCGCCGCACUCUGACUCUGCCAGAGCCAAAACUUCCAAGCUCGUUUCCAAACGCCAAGUCACGUCUAACUCCACGGAUGGCAAGCCGCUGCUGAAGACUGCGUCCGCGGCCGACCUCGCCAAGGCCCGGAGCAUCGUUGCCGAUGCCAUCGCUGCCUCGGCCGAGCGCAACAAGGCGCGGCUGGCCAAUCCGGCGCGCAACCAGUACCGUCUCAAGCCCGGCACCGUAAUCGGCGGCGCUCCGGCGGUGCCCAACAGCAACAACAACAAGCGAGGAGAUGACGACGCGGCACCUCCUCCGCUCCUCGAAAUCACAGACGAGAUCGCCUGGGCCGCGGCCCUCGUGGCCGAGACUGAGGCCGUGGCACCACCCGAGUGGGUGAACCCGGGAGCCACCCAUCCUGUUCCGUCCAACUCGAGCUCGAGCGGCGUCAAGCGCCGGGCCCCUGUCCGAGGCACGUACUGGAUGGAGACCAUCGCGCGCAGAGGCACCGUCCCCUGGGGCAACCACCCGACGUACAAGGUCUUCCGCAACGUGCUCGAUUACGGCGCUACCGGAAAAGGCGUGACCGACGACGCGGCCGCCAUCAAAAAGGCCAUGAAUGACGGCCGGCGGUGCGGCGAGAAGUGCAACGGGUCCACGACGAAGAACGCCAUUGUGUACUUCCCCCCUGGCACCUAUUUCGUCUCGAGCACCAUCCCCCUACCUUUUGGCACGCAGGUGAUCGGCGACGUUCUGAAUCGGCCCGUGAUUAUUGCUUCGUCGUCUUUUGUUAGUCUGGGCGUGCUGUCCGCGGACGAGUACACCGGCGGCGGGGUCGGACUUGACGGAGGCGACCAGCAGUGGUACAUCAACACGGCCAACUUUUACCGCCAAAUCCGCAAUGUGAUCAUUGAUGUGCGCAACGCCCCGGCCGGCGAGACCACGGCGUGCUUGCACUACCAAGUUGCGCAGGCGACGAGCCUGCAGAACGUGGAGCUGCGCGCCGGGCCGGACUCCAAGGGCAUGUACGCCGAGAACGGCAGCGGCGGUCAGAUCUCAGACGUGGUUUUCAGCGGCGGCGACGUCGGGCUCUACGGCGGUGCCCAGCAGUUUACAGCGCAACGCCUGCGUUUCGACGGCUGCGACACGGCCGUCUAUGUGUUCUGGGAUUGGGGCUUGGUGUGGAAGUCCGACACGGUGGCCAACGUGAAGGUCGGCUUCCGCUUCGUGGCCAAGGACCCGUCCGGCUCCGUCGGCUCGGCGUCCAUCUUGGAUUCUUCCUUCACCAAUGUCGGCACCGCCGUCCUCAUGUCCGCCCCCUCGGCUGCCGUAGGCUCGCGCACCACGGGCCUGGUGCUCGAGAACGUGGCCCUCUCGGCCGUGCCGGUCGUCGUGGCCGACAGCAGCGGCAAGACGCACCUUUCGGGGGCCAGCCAGUCGCUCAUCGACCAGUGGGUGCUAGGCCCCGUGUACGCCGGCUCGGCCAGCGCACGCUCUUUCUCGACCGGCGGCAAGGUGGGGCGGUAUCGCCGGGAGAGCGGGCUCGUCGACUCGUCGGGCAACUACUUUGAGCGCCCCAAGCUGCAGUACGAAGAGCGCCCCGUGGGCGACUUUGUCCACAGCAAGGACUUUGGCGCGGUGUGCGACGGGGUGAAGGACGACACCGCUGCGGUUCAAAACGCGCUCUACUCCAGCCAGGGCAAGAUCCUCUUUGUGGACGCCGGCUCGUACAUCCUGACCGACACCGUGGUCGUGCCGCCUGGCGCCAAGAUCGUCGGCGAAACCGGGUCACAGUUCGUGGCCUUCGGACCCGCCUUCUCCGACGCGAACAAUCCGAAGGUCAUGGUGCGUGUGGGCGCGACCCCGGGCCAGGUGGGCAACGUGGAGAUGCAGGAUCUGUUCUUUACGACGAAAGGGCCGACGGCUGGUGCUGUUCUUCUCGAGUGGAAUAUGGCCGCCGAUGCUAAGGGCUCAGCUGCCCUUUGGGACUGCCACGUCCGGAUUGGCGGUGCUACCGGCACCGCUCUGACGCCGGCCGAGUGUCCGGCCCUGACCUCGGGCAUUGCGCCGGGCUGCAACGCCGGCAGCCUGAUGCUGCAUCUCAAGCCGGGCGCGUCGGGCUAUUUCGAGAACAUGUGGCUGUGGGUGGCCGACCACAUGAUUGACGAUCCGGAUCUUGUGGACGCCAACAACACCAUGGUGCAGAACUCAGUCUAUGUGGCCCGUGGCUUCUUGAUCGAGAGCACCGCGCCCUACAACUUCCACAACGCCUCCAACAUCUUCACCACCAUGAUCCAGACCGAGUCGCCCUACUACCAGCCCACCCCGCCGCCUCCCGCUCCGUCCGCCAGCGCUGUGGGCAAGUUCCCAGGCGAUUCCAGCUACAACUGUGGCUCUGGCAAUAACAACGAGUUCACCGGCUGCGACGAGUCCUGGGGCGUGAUCAUGCGCGGCUGCCAGGACGUCCUCAUCACAAGCGCCGGCCUCUACUCGUGCGUGCGGAUCCAGAACCUCGUCACUAUCGGCACCAAAUACAUGGCCGUCAUGGAGGGUCAGGGCAUCCUGGCCAAGGACAACCUCAACGUGGAUGCGCACCCCUUUUGGUCCCAAAUCUCGGUCCUGGACGUUGCCAGCGACGGCGCUCAGUUCAACGACAUCAUCUGGGUCCAUCCGGACAUCUGGAACAUGGACGAACCCGAGUUCUCCAACUGGCCGGUCGUCGUGUAUACUGGUCCGGACGGCAAGUACUCGACGGCCAGCCCGACGGGGCCCUUCCCGACGCCCCCGCCAUCCAUCGGACCCGGCGCGGCGCCCCCGCAAAAGGGCGCCUGGUCGGCCAAGGCGCUGGUGGCGCGCGCCGCGGCCAACGACCCUAACGCCGAGAUCGAGGAGAAGGCCAAGGAGUGGCUGUGCCGGCAGGCCGCCCAGAACCCCAGCUACUGGGACCUCGACAUCGUGACGGACUGCCCGGGGUACGGCGGCCCAGGCCUCGGCCAGGUGCCCAUCGGCGACGGCUUCGGCUGGGGCUGGGACGGCGAGCUGGUGCUGUACGAGCGUCCGGAGACGUCCACCACGACAAGCGCGGUACCCACGACGCCGACGCUGCAGCGCGCCGACCCAAACACGAACAAGAUCCACUGCUUCAACAGCGGGCAGAAGAUGAGCAACAUCCGGCUGCAGAACGGGCGCAGGUCCGCGUGCGACAAGAUCGCGUACCGCAACGGGAUCCAGCGCCGAAAGCGCGACGGCGGCGAGCUGGUGGGGCCCUUCCUGGACCAGGACACCGAGCCGUUCAGCGGGAACGAGGAAAUCCACUGGAUGUUUGAGGUCAAGGAGGGGUGCACGUGGACUUACAACUUUGACGAGUGUCUGCGGUACCUCAAAACACCCGUCGACAGCUGCAACUGCGGCGGCGAGGACGGCAAGCAGGGCGGCUACGGCGGGAACAACUGUCUGAGGUGGAUAUUUGACCCGAAUAGAACGUGGUAACGGUGGGGAGUCUCGACGGAUUCAAUCCUGUCUGUUCCAGAUUUCGUAUGGCAUGGGCCUUCGAUUUGUUUGUGCAUCGCAAGGAUACGCAUCUAGAAAUCUAUUCUCUAUGUAGAUAGAACAUGCAAAAUCUAAGACCAGGAAAGCCUGCCCGCGCCUAAUUAGUCCUUCCACUGCGCCUUGAAGCUCGCAUCGCCAAACGGCCACCCGCCCAGCUGAAUGUUCAGCUGGGUCGUCGACUGCAGCUCCUCUCUGCGGGCCUUGAGCUCCUCCACAUCCCAGUUGGCCCACAGGAACUUGCCCUUCAGGAAACGACUCUCUGGACUCGCGAGCCAAAGGUUGAAACUUGCGGGCAGGGACACUAAUGAGAUUCAAAGUCAGCCUGGUUGCCUAUGAAUAUGAUGAUCGACCACAGCCACUCACCAUGAUCUUCAUGCCCAAUAGCCUUGACACCGCCCACCUCCCUAUUCA